AUGACAGAACUGACCGUUCUUGUCCCACUACACCCACCACACGGGUGUCAGUUAUGCCUGCCGAUACCCCGCGACUAUGCGGAUCAUGCCGGCCUUGUGAAACACCUUAAGCACGUCCAUGGCACCACCGUUAGGUUCGAGUGCCGGGCCUGUGGCUAUUGUCACGAUAAGCUUAAGGUGAUCAAGGCCCACCAACUAAAGGCUGAUGACUGCCGCACUAGGAUAGAGGCAUGCUCUCCUCCGUCCCCACUUCCGGCGGAUCGUAAAAAGGUCUGUAUCCCGACAAGGCCUAGGAAGCCCUACGUUCGUAGGAAGCCCCGGACCCCGGCUUCUCCGACCGACAGCAGCGACUCUUCAUGGCAGUCCACGACUCCAUCCCCGUCCACCAGGCCGACUACAUCCCGCAUUAGGAGGACCACGAGAUCACUGCGCACCAUCCCUGAAGGUGAACAACUGACGCAGAAUACCGCUACCCCCAGUGAGUCAGCUGUACCAUCGCCUUGCAACCAGACCACCGGCACUACCACACAGUGCAUUACCACCGAGGAGCCGCUGCCACUGGCCACCACGACUGAGAAGUCACCCAGGAGACGUAGGCGCUCCAAGCGACUAAACCCGACGACACCCUCGCCCGGCGACCUCAACCAUCCUAGUCCAGCCAACUCCGACCAUCCGGCAACUCCCAGGCCCAGAAGCGAACCCACGACACCACCAGGUAGGACCUCCCCUGACUCUAUCUCUUUUGAAGGCCUACCACCAACCGCAGAAGACCAUGCUGCCGCAACAGUGCCACCAUGUGUCCCCAGUCCACGUGUGCCACCCCUCGUCCCGCAGCAACCGCCACCUCCAUCGCAGCCACCCUCCGAUCUAGACAACGGCCCACCACAAUGGGUUCUUGCAUGGGCAGAACGCUUCAAUAGCGCCGUCGACGAAGACAUGUUCGAGCACAUCCUAAUGGAGUUCAUACGACUUACGUACGAUAUCUGUGACAUACAAGGCCCGAGACGGGGCCGGAACAACGCACAUAGUCACAACCCUCCAAGUCAGCUCGAGGCUAGCAUAAUCCAGAGACUUUAUCGAACCAACAGAAAGCGGGCGUUUGACCGUAUCGUUGGUGGAGACUCUCGUUUCUGCCAAAUUGACGCAAUAAGUAUCCACAACCACUUUAGGAACAUCAAUGAAGCACAGCCACAUGUCUGCUCCACGCCUGUUCCUGCUGCACCUGAUCCUGCCCCCGCCACCAGGGACCCUAUCAACGUCGGAUUUACACCUGAGGAAGUCGCCAACCGCAUAGCCAAGGGCCACAACACCGCCCCCGGCCCAGACAAGAUCCGCUAUCUACACUGGAGGAGAGUUGACCCCAGCGGCAUCAUCCUGUCUGCCAUCUUCAAUGCGGUCCAACGGAUAGGGCAUGUCCCGCACGAUUGGCGAGAGUCUACUACUGUCCUCAUCCAUAAGAAGGGCGACCUCACCGACCUACGUAACUGGAGGCCCAUAUGCCUCUCUAACACCCUGGGGAAAUUAUAUACAGCCUGUCUGGCGGAUAGGCUCCUCAAGUGGUGUGAGGCCAACAACAGACUUUCAACAGCGCAGAAGGGCUUCCUGCACUAUCAGGGAUGCGUCGAACAUAAUUUUGUCCUUAAAUCCAUUAUUCAAGACGCACGACGCACCCGAAGGGAAUGCUUCAUUGCUUGGCUUGACAUCGCCAAUGCUUUUGGUAGCAUUCCACAUGGCGUUAUCUGGGAAUCCCUAAAGUGGCAUGGGUUGCACCCCGACGCCAUUACCACCAUUCAACAACUCUACACUGGCUCUACUACUAGGAUCCGGACUUGCACCGGGUACACAGAACCGGUUGCAAUGCUAUCCGGCGUCCAUCAGGGGUGCCCCAUCAGCCCCCUCCUCUUCAUUCUAACUGUCGAACCAGCUCUACGCCGCCUCCGGUCCCUGGGCAAAGGCUACAACUUCCAUAAUAUCACCGUGGAUGCUCUCGCUUACGCCGACGAUGUCGCCCUUGUGAGCAGCAGUAGCAGCGGACUACAAGAGCAACUGGACUCGAUCGAAGAAUGGGCAAAAUGGGCCGGAAUUAAAUUCAACAAUUCCAAAUGUGGAACGCUUUCGGUACUAGGUAAGUCUCAUACCUCUGGAAAUAACACCUUUUCUCUUUACCAGAAAGACUUACCAAAGUUGGGAAACGAUGAUGCCUACAGACACCUGGGCGUUCCUACAAGAUUCUCAAAAUGUGAUACCGAAGCGGCAACCACCGAUAGCGUAAUCAACGACAUAACUAAAAUCGACUCAUCUCAUCUGGCGCCGUGGCAGAAGGUAGACGCCUUGAACACCUUUAUCAUGCCAAGACUCACCUUCUGCCUCACCACGGGUACUGCCCCCAAGAAAACGCUCGACCGCAUCGACAGAACCAUCACACGCCACGUUAAAAGGUGGCUUAGUGUACCCCAACGAGCCAGCAAUGAAAUAGUGUUCCUCUCAUACAAACAAGGAGGUGCAAAUGUCACCCCUUCUAGUCAUCUGGCUGACAUCGCCCAGAUAUCCCAUGCUGUGCACCUCUUCAGCUCCCGUGACGAGGACAUCAUCAAAGUAGCUCUAGGUGUUAGAAAAAAAUGCUUGCGUUGCGGUGAUCCAGAUCAUGAAAUAAAAGAUUGUCCGGUAAAAAAGUGCUACAGAUGUAAAAGUAUUCAGCAUUUAGUUAAAGAUUGCCCCGCUUGUUACAAUUGUGGAAAAGUCCACAACAAAGAACAACAAUGUCCCAAACAAACAUUCGCAGAUAUAUGUAAAAAAGGUCCGCGUAAACAAAGUCUAGACAGAAGAAGAGAAAGAAGUUUAGAUAGAUGGAAAAAGGAGAAACAAACAAAAAAUAAGGUAGUAGAGAUAGAGGAAUUAGAAACUGAGGAAAUAGAUAUAGAUCAAAGUAAUACAAACACAAAACAAGAAAACAAUAUAACUGAAAAUAUAAAAAAUAGUCAAAUAGAAAGCGUAAAAAGUAGUCAAAUAGAAAGCCUAGAAAAUAGUCAAAUAGAAAGCUUAGAAAAUAGUCAAAUAACAAGCGUAGAACAUGAUCAGAGAGAAAAAGGGCGGAAACCCACCAAAGAAAUAAUUAAACAACCUGUAAUAGAAAUAAGUAGAUGCGAAGAAAUAACCCCUGAAAGAAAGGAAAAAAGAAAAGAAGAAAUUAGUAUUGAAAUUGAAAAUAGAGUAAAAGACAACUAUGUCAGAUAUAGGAUGAACAAAUUAGGUAUUAGCAGACAGGCUGAAAGAUCAGAUUUUGAAAAAAAGGGCAAACAAAGAAAUGCUAGAAAUUAA